AUGCCGGACGUUCGUGAUCCAAGAUGGAAUACAAUGUGUGGAACGCCUCCAGGACCAGGCGAUCCUCGUAUCUGGGAGGAUGAACUCGAAGCAGAAGACAGAAUGAUCUGGCUAAAUGGAAUCCAGCGGCACAAUCCGAUCCAUCCUAUGGAAGUAGACGGCAAUCGCUGUAUCUACUUCAAACGCUGCUGCUCGGAUUGCCUAGAUAGACGUGCCAACCCCAAAGUCCACGGUUACCACAAGCUAGUUGGCGAAAGCUACGGUUUGGGCACUGGGCCAAGCGGAUUCGAGAGCAAGCUGUACCAUCCAGUGCCGUCUUAUUUUAUUCGAUCCUUGCCAACUGCGAACAUAGGGCACGCGUUGGUAAAUAUCCGAUCGAUGCCUCGAUCCAAGGACAUAUGGCUGCGAAACGGUGACAGAAUGCAAUGGUACAAGAAGGGUAUUAUCAACAACUUUGACUUUGAAACUUUUGAUAAGCUUCGCUAA